AUAAUUUUCAUCACUACCAUUCACCACAACAAAACACAACACUAGCUUAGUGUGGAAGGAUAAUAUAUAGAGUGAGAGAAAAUAUGGAGGGAAAGGAGGAAGACGUGUCUUUAGGAGCCAACAAAUUCCCGGAGAGGCAACCCAUUGGAACCGCGGCUCAGAGCCAAGACGAUGGAAAGGACUACACCGAGCCACCACCGGCUCCACUCUUCGAACCCUCCGAACUCACUUCCUGGUCCUUCUACCGAGCCGGAAUCGCCGAAUUCGUCGCCACUUUCCUCUUCCUCUACAUAACCAUCUUAACCGUCAUGGGCGUCAACAGAGCCGACUCCAAGUGCGCCACCGUCGGCAUCCAAGGCAUCGCCUGGGCCUUCGGUGGCAUGAUCUUCGCCCUCGUCUACUGCACCGCCGGCAUCUCAGGGGGACACAUAAAUCCGGCUGUGACAUUUGGGCUGUUUCUGGCGAGGAAGUUGUCGUUGACUAGGGCGGUGUUCUACAUAGUGAUGCAGGUGCUGGGUGCUAUUGUUGGUGCUGGCGUGGUCAAGGGUUUUGAGGGAAAAACCUUCUACGGCAAACACAACGGUGGUGCUAACUUUGUUGCUCCUGGUUACACCAAAGGUGAUGGACUUGGCGCUGAGAUUGUUGGCACCUUCAUCCUUGUCUACACCGUCUUCUCAGCCACCGACGCCAAGCGUAACGCUAGAGACUCACACGUUCCUCUAUUGGCACCAUUGCCAAUUGGGUUCGCUGUGUUCUUGGUGCACUUGGCCACCAUCCCAAUCACUGGAACGGGUAUCAACCCUGCUCGAAGUCUCGGUGCUGCCAUCAUCUUCAACAAAGACCUUGGCUGGGAUGAUCACUGGAUUUUCUGGGUUGGACCUUUCAUUGGAGCAGCUCUUGCGGCUCUUUACCACCAAGUUGUAAUCAGAGCCAUUCCCUUCAAAUCCAAGUGAAAGAUGCAAGGGUUGGUGGUCGUUGAUUUUCGGCCUCAAAUUCAAUCAAGCUGGGUAAAACCCAAACCAACCCCAAGUUUAAUUAUGGUUUUAUUAAAGCUUCUAUUUGUAAUGUAUAUUAUGUAUUAUUAAGAAUAUUAGAUGGUGCAUGUGUUGGGUGAGGGGGCCAGUUUUCCUCUACUUUUAAGUUGGAAGAUGGACGGCCAUGUGUGAUGUAUCGCUGUGAUUGUGAACUUAAUUAUCAAAUAAAAACAUAACAUCCUCUUUUUUUUUGGCUUA